AUGGAUGGAGCAGAAGAUAAAACUUUGUGUGCCUCUGCAACCUACACAGUCAGCACACGUUCGAAGAGAUACAAAGAGCACAGACUGGAUGGGCUAGAUUGCACUAAGCUAACGGCGUCAGCAGUUAAACAUGACGAUACUUCUUCUUCUAAUCUUGCCCCUACUGCAACUGCACUUCUUAACAAGGAGCAAGAGGAAGUGACUUUUCUUAAGGAGAAACUGGAGUGGCAAAAGAUGAGAAUUGAAGAACUGGAAGGAGAGAGAGAUUUCCUACGAAGACAGCUUUCAUCCUUUACAAAGCAACCUAAAGACCAACCAUUCAAUGAUCCAUUUUCCUUGAAGGCUUCUGAAAACUCAGAUUCAUCUUCCACAUUUUCAUCUGUAUCGUCUGUGUGGUCAUCCUCAUCUUCAUUCCCAAAGAAGCGAAAGCAGAAAUACAAGAAAAAGCAUUCAAGAGCCAAGAAACCCAAGAAGGAGCAGAAGAAGCUCCGGCAGCAUGUUCAAACGCCAAAUGACAUUGUGCAGCGAUACAAAUCCCCCCUCAAGACAUUUCCAAGGACGAAGACCAUGACCAAAGCUUCUCAGAAGCAUGGGCUCGACAGGAACACUGUUGUGUCCACUUCAUCAGUUGGAGAGCUUGCUAUUGCGGUCCCCAAUGUUUACCAGGAGCUAUUGUCCAACAGGUCUAGUGGAGAGACGGUACUAGCUUUUGCUAAGCGAUGUGAGGCUGCAAUUCAAGGCAGUGAUGAAGUAAAAAACAAAAUAGAAAGUAUGAAGGCCGCUGGUACUUUGCUUCAAUUCGAAGAGGGAAAUCUGUCUGAAACCCUAAUUUGUUCUAAGUGAUUUUGUUUGUUUUGAGCAUAUUGAACUGAAGAAAAGAUGUGCAAAACCAACCGUUUUUCAAAGAUCUGUUCAUGUAUGUGUUGAGUUUCCACACAACUAAGAGAUUUACCUGUUAGGUUAGUUUAUUUUAUUGUUUUUUUUUAUGUUUUGAUUUGUAUAAAUGUGUGUAGAGUAAAUAAUACAGCUGUGCAGUUUCAGUUAAGGUAUAUUAAUUUAUUAUAUUAUAAUUAUUAUAAUUUUCCUAUGCCAGUGGUGAAUUUAGGGAUGGGAUUUGUUUCCUUAAUAUAGUUUUAGCUAUCUUUAAAAGGCUUGUAUAUAAAUUUAGCAAUGUUAAAUAACUGUUGGUGCUUUAUGCUUUUUAUAGUAAGGCCCAGUAAUACUUACAAAUGUUUGUUGGUCAU